AUGGAUUUCGAAGACAAAAACCAACUCGUGGAGGCAGCACAAAGGAUUAGAGAACAAUAUCUCGAAUUUGCUGCAAACACCCCAGUCUCCGUUUCCCAAGCUGCCACGCUCAGAGAUGAUCCGGUGAAAGGCCUAAUCUGGGUUGCCAAGUUCGCACUUCCAAAGUCAACAUAUGAUACAUCCCGCCAGCUACUGUUAGCGCUGAUUGAUGACCUGAAUGAAAAAGGUGUCAGAUAUGACCGCCCAAACAACCAGCAGCUUGACUUUGAAUGGGUCGGAUUCCGCCGUAACGUCGAGGCAAACACACCGGAGCCCUUCCUGCCUGAAAGCGUUAAAUUCCAGAAGCUGGAUGCGGAAACCAAAAGCUCAUUGGUGAUUCUUUACGUCUACGGAGGUGCUUUCGUGCUGAAUACCCCAUCCUGCUAUCGAAGGCUUGCAGGCAAACUUGCCAAAAAAACCGGGGCCAAGGUUCUGAUGGUACAUCAGCGACUUGCGCCGCAGAAUCCGUUUCCAGCGGCGUUGCUUGAUGUAUUCCAGGCUUACUUGACCUUACUCGCGCCACCUGCCGGGUGCCCCCACAACACCAUUCCGCCGUCAUCCAUCGUGAUUGCAGCUGAUAGCUCCGGUACCAGCCUUGCCCUAGGCCUGCUGCAAAUUCUUCUGUGGCUUAAGCGCAUGAACAAAUCGAUCCUCUUCCAUGGAAAGACUAUUGAAUCUGCCAUUCCGGCCGGAAUGACCUUACUUAGUCCAAUCACGGACAUCACUUGCAGCAUCCCGUCCUACGAGCGAAACAUGACGACAGAUAUCUUCCCCGUUCCAAUUGAAGAUCGCCCCUAUCUUCGCUCUAGCUUUCCUACAUGCCAACUGUGGCCUACCAGCCCACCACGUGCUGAUGUGUACUGUGAUGCAGCCAUGUUGGCUCACCCGCUGGUUAGCCCCGCAGCCUGUGAGGACUAG